AAAAUACCAUAACCCUAAGCGAAGCAUAAACCUGAUUCAGUUGGAAGCCCCAAGAACUAGGUCUACUUGUUAUUUGUGAAGCCCUUGUAUACUAACCACACUUGAAAGCAAGGCUAACUAGGUGUUUGGGGUGGUGGUUCUAGGUCAGAUCAGGGGCGGGAGAUGGUUAUAACCUGGUUUCAGGCUGGUGGUGGAGAAACGAGGAGGAAACCAGAAGAGUUUCGAAUUGCCAACUCUGCGUCACCUCAAACGGAGGACAACAUGACCUGCGGGCGGCUUCUUGUUCUCUACCUGGCCGCGGUGCUGGGGCCGCAGCCGCCUCUCGUAGACGGCCACCAGAAGGCACUAGAGACGCACAAGGUGAGCGUCGGGCGCUUCUUUAUCCUGAAGUGUAGCCCGGGUCAUACCAAUGUGACAUGGAAAAGAGGGGGGGGCAACUCGAGCCUGCCUGCCGGGGUGGAGGUUAAAGAUGCGGAGCUGUGGUUUCUCCCUGUGGUCCAGGCCCAUGAUGGAAAAUACAUCUGUCACAACAGAAAGGAGAGGCUGUAUGAGGUGCGGGUGUCUAACGAGCUGUGCCCAGCUGCGGUCGAGUCCAAACGAAUGAAACAAGGGCCUCUUCACUGCAAACUGGAUCUCCCCCGAGGCACGUCUCGUACGGCCCCUGUGGAGUGGCUUAAGGAGUGUGUGCCUGUCAAUCUGGCUGGUGGAAACCUGGAGGUGACACAGAAGGGGGACCUUAGGUUCCUGAGGGACUCAGGAACAAACGCUGGCCUCUACACCUGCCUGCUGCACAUGUCUCUGGGAGGCAACAACUACACCGCUGCCCGCUCCCUCAACCUCACCCUCGGCAACACAACUUUCCUGUAUAAACCCAUGUUGGUGUAUCCGAAGGUGGAGACAAAGGAGAUAGUGGAUAUAGGCAAGUAUUCUUUUCAUCCAGGAUUGAUCAAAGAUCCAGGAUUAACAGCGGUCUCCACACCGGUAGGUUCCAGAAAGGAGCUGCGCUGUAAGGCCUACCUGGGCACCAGAGACGAUGGUACUAACAUGUACUGGACCAUCAACGGACACCAUUUCAACACAUCUCCACAUCUCCACUAUUCCCAGAAAUAUGCAGAGGAGGAUGGUGCUGUCUAUGGCAUGUCAUCCUUGGUCAUCUCUUCGGUGGUCCCUGAGCUGCUCGACAUCCCAAUCAGCUGUCAUCUCCUCAACCCUGCAGGACAGGGGCAGGGAACCUUUCGGCUUCACAAAGCGGACCACCGCGGUCUCUAUGUGUGUGUGCUGGCCCCCCUGACCGUGUGUCUGCUGGGGAUAGCAUUGGCUCUGGGGAUGCUCUUCAGGAUGGAGCUGGUGUUGGCCUACAGGAGGUUGAAACGGCUGUUCAUAUCCCUGGAGGUCUCAGAUGGUAUGCUGUACGACGCCUACGUGAGCUAUCAGUACGGCGGUGAGGGUCGUUCGUCCGAGGUCGUGACCUUUGCCCUCAAGGUCCUGCCCGAGGUUCUGGAGAAGGGGCACGGCUUCAGCCUCUUCAUCCGAGGACGGGACGACUCUCCCGGAGAAGCGCUGCAUGAUGUCAUCGCCGAGGCAGUGAGCAAGAGCCGGCGACUGGUGCUCAUUCUGUCCGGGCAGGGAGACUCUGAAACAUCACCCGUCCACCCCAGCUCAUCACAACUGGCCUACGAGCACAGCGUGGGCCUGUACGAUGCCUUGACCCAAAGAGGACUCCGGGUCAUCCUGGUGGAAAUAGAUGGUCCUGUGGACUACACGGCCCUCCCCGAGUCCGUGCGAUACAUCAAGAGAACACAGGGCGCGCUGAGGUGGCCAGGGGCCUCGCCGAGGUACCAUGUGUGCACCAAGUUAUCCGCAAACAGCACCUUCUGGAAGAGCAUGAGGUACCACAUGCCCCCGGCCCCCCAAGUCCGGCCCUCGCACAGUUUUGAGACCAGCAGCUCUGAAACCAAAGACAUGGUCGUCGGUUACAAAAAGAGUUCUCUUAUUCUCUAUGAAACGUGCUGACACAGAUGGUGGCUAUAGGAACAAUGAUAACAACAACUGUUAUUGAUGACAAAUUCAGCUUGGAAACCAAUGCAGAUGCUUCUCCAAAAGCGUCAUUGAAUCAUUUGUAACUUUAUUCCAACCAGCAAGUAGGCGGGAGACUUUCAGAAAGUACAAAACAGGGUUCUGUAACUCGAACCAGCUUUGCAACUGUGUGACACAAACCAGCGUAGCUCGGGCGGGUGUGCGGCAUGAGUGGUUGAUGUUUUGGGAGUGUGUUGAUAGUUAGAAUCUUGUAGAUGAACAGAGGUACGUGCUUAAAGGGGACAUAUUAUGAGAACAACCCUUUUCCUGGGGUUUGGGGUGUUGUUUAGGGAUUUUUAGAGUGUGAUGCAUUUCUGAAAGUACCCGACCUACAGUUACCAAACGAGCGAGUCAGUUUCGGCGCACCCUCCUACAUAGGAAGGGGGCACAUUCGAAUAUUACCUCCCACUUCCCUGCUCCCCUCCAAUCAGAGCAUAGCUAAGAUUUUGUGGAACAGCGGACGAGUAUCUCCGGCGGGGGGAACUCGGCGGCACCUCAGCUCCGGGAGUGCAAUCCCUUUCUCUGCCGGACUGCCGCCGAGCUCCCCCAACCGGAGCUGCCGGACUGCCGCCGAAGCAUCGGCGGCAGUCCGGAGGAGGAGACAUGGAGGAGAAAAUGACCUAGGUACUCCCGGAGCUGAGCUGCCGGACUGCCGCCGAAGCUUCGGCCACAGCCGGACGGCUUCGACGGCGGCCGGACUGCCGCCCAAGCUUUGGCGAAAAAGGCCCUAUUUUAGAAAACACUGUUGUUGCACUGUAUCAGAUCUCCUGUCGGUGCCUUUAUGUUUUGUAUUGUUGUUGUGCAAUUAAGUUUGGGACCCUGGCUACAAAACAAUUUCCCUUUUAGGGACAAUAAACUUGAACGCCGGAAUGGUAUGGUUUA